AUGGGCACCACCAAAGAAGAGCCGCUCGAGAUCGGUCAGCUCGAGCAUGCUCCCACCGGGGACUAUGCUAUCAAAGACCUGGCCAUGGCCAAGCAGGCCGCAGACGAGGAGCACAAGCUUGGCUUCAUGGAGGCUAUCCGCCGCUAUCCCAAGGCCGCCAUGUGGUCUGUCCUCGUCUCCGCCGCGAUCAUCAUGGAAGGCUACGACAUCGUCCUCAUCUCGUCCUUCUUUGCUCAGCCCGCUUUCAAACGACACUACGGCGAAUACCUCCCUAGCAAGGGCACGUACGAGAUCACAGCAUCCUGGCAAAACGGGUUGAGCAAUGCAGUCAGUGUCGGUACAAUCAUCGGCGCUUUCGCGAACGGUUACUUCACCCAUCGCUUCGGGUACCGAAAGGUCCUUCUCGCGUCCCUGGCUAGCAUCGUCGCCUUUAUCUUCAUCUCUUUCUUCUCGCCGAACCUCCCCGUCCUCCUCGUCGGCCAGUUCCUCUGCGGUAUUCCCUGGGGCGUCUUCGCGACAACUGCUCCAGCCUACGCCUCCGAAGUCUGCCCGAUGGCACUGCGCGGCUACCUCACCGUCUUCGUCAACCUCUGCUGGGCCCUCGGUCAGCUGAUCUCAGCCGGUGUUCAGGCAGGGUUCUCCGAUGGUAGCAACCAGUGGUCCUACCGCGUGCCGUUUGCGAUUCAAUGGGUCUGGCCGCUUCCGCUUUUCGCCGUUUUGUGGUUCGCUCCCGAGUCUCCAUGGCAUUUCGUCCGCCUCGGCGAUUACGAGCAAGCUGAGAAGUCCGUCCUCCGUCUUGGGUCCGCGUCCGAAGCCGUCAACUCGAAGCAGAAGGUUGCCAUGAUGAUUCAUACCAACGAGAUUGAGCAGCAGAUGGACGAAGGAACCUCGUAUCUCGAUUGCUUCCGUGGCGUUGACCUCCGGAGAACCGAGAUCGCCUGCAUGGCAUUUGCUGCACAGCCUUUCUGCGGCUCUGCUAUGGGUGGUACUCCCACCUACUUCUUCGUCCAAGCCGGCUUGCCAGAAUCGAUCUCGUUCCGCAUGUCAGUCGGUGGCCUCGGGAUCGCCUCUGUCGGCACGAUUGUAUCAUGGGGGCUUCUUGGUCGCUUCGGUCGUCGCACGCUGUAUCUAUGGGGUCUCGGAGCGUUGGCUUUGAUCCUCCUCGUCGUCGGUGCCAUCAGCGCCGGUGCCCCUAACUCGGACGGCGCAAACUACGCUCAGGCUGGCAUGAUGCUGGCUUGGCUCGGUGUCUACUAUCUCACCGUGGGACCUAUCUGUUACGCCAUCAUUUCCGAGGUUUCCUCGACUCGUCUCCGCAACAAGAGUGUUUGCCUCAGCCGCAUUGCCUACUACAUUGCUCAGAUUGUCUGCAAUACGGGAUUCUUUUGGGGAGGUUGCGCCUUUGUCUUCUUCAUUUGGACUUUCUUCCGCCUCCCCGAGACAAAGGACAAGACCUUUGAGGAAUUGGACAUUCUCUUUGCAAGGCGCGUCAAGGCAUCCAAGUUCGCAUCUUACAGGGUCGAUGCUUAUGCCAGUGGCGACGAAGUCCUGGCUAAAGAAGGCUGA